CAUCAAUGGCUGUUUGUGCUUCACCCUUCUGUGGAAAGGACACAGAAAGCACGUUAAAGUGUCCUGUUUGCUUGAAACAGGAUCUAGAAAAUGUUUUCUGUGACCAGAAAUGUUUCCGAGGCGCAUGGGGUAUCCAUAAAUAUAUCCACCAACAAGAAGAUGGAGAAGUCUACAACCCAUUUCCCAACUUUGACUUCAAAGGUGACCUCAGACCUCACUAUCCCUUGACGCCGCGCAGAACCAUCCCCAAGCAUAUCAAGCUUCCUGACCACGCCAAAGGUGGCCGUCCGCUAGGGGAGUUGGCGAAUGAUCGUAGAGGUAAAAUCACCGUGUUGGAAGGAAAAGAUCUUGAAAAAAUCAGAAAAGUUGGUAAAUUAGGUAGAGAAGUGUUGGACGCGGUGGCCAAGCACGUGAGAAUCGGCAUCACCACCGACGAGUUGGAUGCCAUUUUGCAUAAGGAAUGCACAAAGAGAAAUUGCUACCCUUCACCUUUGAACUACUUUAAUUUCCCCAAGAGUUUUUGUACCUCUGUCAAUGAGAUUAUCUGUCACGGGAUCCCCGACCAGACCAAAUUGAAAGAUGGAGAUAUUGUCAACUUAGAUGUGUCGAUCUACUACUUGGGGUUCCAUGCCGAUUUGAAUGAGACGUAUUACGUGGGGGAUAAGGCCAAAGCAGACCCGGAUACGGUACGGUUGGUGGAAACCACCAGAGAGUCGGUGGAGUUGGCUAUUGCGGCCGUUAAGCCUGGAAUGCCCUUCAGAGAGAUUGGAAAUAUCAUCGAAGCCUUUGCUACCAAAAACAAUGUGUCGGUGGUGAGAACGUACUGUGGGCAUGGAAUCAACCUGUUGUUCCACUGUCAGCCAGACAUUCCUCAUUAUGCUAAGAACAAGGCCAUUGGAAUUGCCAAGCCAGGGAUGGUGUUUACAAUUGAACCCAUGUUGUGUUUGGGAACCUAUAAGGACGUGACAUGGCCCGAUAACUGGACUUCUUCGACCCAAGACGGAAAGUAUUCAGCCCAGUUUGAGCACAUGUUGUUAGUGACUGAAGACGGAUGUGAGGUGUUGUCGGCGAGACAGGCCGAUUCACCAGGGGGACCCGUUCCACGUAUUUGAGGAAUGUAUAGAAAAAUAAAUGGAGAAGGAGUAAUGAAAUGGAAGUCGGUGAGG